GGAAUUUUGGCGGUCUGGCUGUAGAAAGGGAAGGAGUUCGGAGCCGGUUAAGCCAAGGUCCUGCAUCUCCUGCCGUCUCCUGGGCACCUGAUCCUGCUGCACAGCUCUCCAUCUCCACUGUUCUCUUGACAGCAUGGAUGUGGAGGAGGAUGAUUUGUCUCUGCUGACCGCACUGCUGGAGGAGAAUGAGUCGGCCUUGGACUGUAAUUCAGAAGAGAGUCAGCCCUUGACCCAGCAAGAUGGUGAACCUGAUGCAUUCGAUGAGCUCUUUGAUGCUGACGGUGAUGGUGAAUCUUACACAGAGGAGGCUGAUGAGGGUGAAGUGGAAAAGGCUGAAGACCAAAAGGAGAAUUUGGAUGCUCUCUUUGGAGACAUGGAUGACUUAGCAGAUGAGGAAGAAGCUCCUACAUCGCGAUCAACGCACAGCAGGGUCCUCCCUGGUCCUGCCCCCAGUCAAGGGAAAACGAAUCAGGAACUGCAAGAUGAAUUAAGGAAGUUGCAAGAGCAAAUGAAGUCCUUACAAGAACAGCUGAAACUAACUACAAUUAAACAGCCUGCAAGUCCAGCCCGUCUGCAUAAAACCCCAGAUAAGUCUCCACGUCCCCCUCUUAAGGAGAAGAAAGUUCAGAGAAUUCAGGAGUCGUCGCGCUUUUCUGCAGAGCUUGACGUCCCUACUCUACCAAAACCCAAGCGGGUGGCUCGGACACCCAAAGUUUCACCUGCAGAGCCCCAAAGCUCAUCUUUCAAGAUGACAAGUGCACCUUCCCAACCACUCCGAACAACUCCUGGGAACAAGCCUGGUGGGAUGACGAGGGAUCAGAGUGCAGGGACCCCCAGGAGCUCUGGGGAAACAACUCAGACAGUCUCCGUGGAAGCCUUCUCCGGCCUGAGGCUCAGGAAGCCUCGAGUAUCCUCCACAGAAAUGAACAAGAAAAUGACUGGCCGAAGACUGAUCAGACUAUCUCAGCUCAAGGAAAAGAUGGCAAGUGAGAAGCUGGAAGAAAUAGACUGGGUGACAUUUGGGGUCAUAUUGAAGAAAAUCACUCCACAGAGUUCUAACAGCGGGAAAACAUUUAGCAUCUGGCGACUGAAUGAUCUUCGUGACCUGACGCGGUACGUGUCACUGUUCCUCUUUGGAGAGGUUCACAAAGAACUGUGGAAGACUGAACAGGGUACUGUCGUAGGGCUGCUCAACGCGAACCCCAUGAAGCCCAAGGAUGGUUCAGAGGAGGUGUGCUUAUCUAUUGAUCAUCCUCAAAAGGUCUUAAUUAUGGGGGAAGCUCUUGACCUGGGAACCUGUAAAGCAAAGAAGAAGAAUGGAGAACCGUGUACACAGACUGUGAAUUUGAAUGACUGUGAAUACUGUCAGUAUCACAUCCAGGCCCAGUACAAGAGGCUCAGCGCCAGGCGAGCAGACCUGCAGUCCACCUUCUCCGGCGGCCGAAUUCCAAAGAAGUUUGCCCGCAAAGGCAUCAGCCUGAAAGAAAGGCUGUGUCAGGAUGGUUUUUACUACGGAGGAGUUUCUUCAGCCUCGUAUGCAGCCUCAGUUGCAGCUGCUGUCGCACCUAAAAAGAAGAUUCAAACCACUCUGACUAAUCUGGUGGUUAAGGGCACAGACUUGAUCCUUCAGGAAACUCAACAAAAACUCGGAGUACGCCAGAAGAGCUUGUCUUGCUCUGAGGAAUUCAGGGAACUGAUGGACUUGCCUACAUCUGGAGCCAGAAACUUGAAACAUCAUUUAGCCAAAGUCAAGUCAUCAGGGAUCAUGGGGAGCCCGAAACCUGCUUUCCAGUCUAUCUCGGCAUCAGCCUUCUUGAAGCAACAGAAGCAGCAUAUGUUAGAGUUGCGGAAAAAGAAAUCAGAAGAAAUACAGAAACGAUUUCUCCAAAGUGCGAGUGAAGUUGAGAGCCCAGCUGUGCCAUCCUCUUCUCGGCAGCCCCCUUCUUGGUCUCCACCAGCGGGGGCUGAGUUCCCCAAGCUGAAAGGAACCCCAGCCAUACAGAUGCCAAAGCUUGGAAGAGACAUCUCAGAAGGAGAUGAUGUCCUAUUUUUUGAUGAGUCACCACCACCAAGACCAAAACUGAAUAAGUUAGCAGAAGCCAAAAAGUUGGCUGCUAUAACCAAAUUAAGGGUAAAAGGCCAGAUUCUUACAAAAACAGACCCAAACAGCAUUAAGAAGCUAAAGGAACCCCAGGAUGUCCUGGAAGUGAAGGAACGUGUAGAAAAGAACAACACAUUUUCUCCUCAAGCUGAGGAUGAAUUGGAGCCUGCCAGGAAAAAAAGGAGAGAACAGCUUGCCUACCUGGAAUCUGAGGAUUUUCAGAAAAUUCUAAAAGCAAAAUCGAGGCACACGGGGAUCCUAAAAGAGGCCGAGGCUGAGCUGCAGGAACACUAUUUUGAGCCCCUGGUGAAAAAAGAACAAAUAGAAGAAAAGAUGAGAAACACCCGGGAAUUGAAAUGUCGAGUCGUGACGUGCAGGACGUGCGCUUACACCCACUUCAAGCCUCUGGAGACCUGCGUCAGCGAGCAGCACAACUACCACUGGCACGACAGUGUGAAGAGGUUUUUCAAGUGUCCCUGUGGAAACAGAACUGUCUCCCUCGGCAGGCUCCCCCAAAAGCACUGCAGUAAUUGUGGCCUCUUCAAGUGGGAACGGGACGGAAUGUUAAAGGAAAAGACAGGUCCAAAGAUAGGAGGAGAAACCCUGUUACCAAGAGGAGAAGAACACGCCAAAUUCCUGAAUAGCCUUAAAUAGCCCCGACUUCAAACAGGUAAAUAUCUAGGAGUGGGAUUCCUGUAAGUAUGUUUAGCUUUAUAAGAAACUGCUGGGGCUUCCCUGGUGGUGCAGUGGUUGAGAGUCCGCCUGUCGAUGCAGGGGACACGAGUUCGUGCCCCGGUCUGGGAAGAUCCCACAUGCCGUGGAGCGGCUGGGCCCGUGAGCCAUGGCCGCUGAGCCUGCACGUCCAGAGCCUGUGCUCCAUGGCGGGAGAGGCCACAACAGUGAGAGGCCCGCGUACUGCAAAACAAACAAACAAACAAAACUGCUGAACUGUUUUCCGAAGUGGCCUUUUACAUGCCCACUGAUGAUGCACCAGAGUUCCAUUUGCUCCACACCCUCAACAGUACUCGGUGUUGUCAGUCUUCUCAGUUUUAGCCAUUCCUGAUGGGUGUGUGGUGGUAUCUCAUUGUGGUUUUAAUUUGCAUUUCCCUCAUGACAUCUUUUCCUGUGCAAUUGGCCGUUGGUAUAUCUCUUUUGGUGACAUAUCUGUUUACUUAUUUACUGGGUUGAGUUGUAAGAAUUCUUUCUAUGUUCUGGAUACAAGUGCUUUUUGUGGAUAUAUAUAUGGUGAAUAUUUUCUCCCAAUUUGUGGCUUGCCUUUUCAUUUUUUUAAGUGUCUUUCAAAGAGCAUUUUUGUCAUUUUGGUGGAGCCCAUUUUAUCACUUUAUGGUUCAUGUGUUUUGUAUUCUAGCUAAGAAAUCUUUACCUGCCUUAAGAUCACAAAGAUUUUCUUCUAGAAUUUUUUAAUAUGGUUUUAGCUUUUACUAUUAGGUCUAUGAUCCAUUUCAGGUUAAUUUCUGUAUAAGCUGUGAGGUAAGGGUUGUGGGUCCUUGUUUUCCAAAUGGACAUUUAGUUGUUACGGCACCACUCAGUGAAAAGAUUAUAAUUUCCUCAUUGGAUUAUUUUCACUCCUUUGUCAAAAAUCAGUUGACCAUACAUUUUGGGGGUCUACUUCUGGACUUAGUGCUGUUAAAUUAAUCUGGAUGUCAUUCCUUAUGCCAGUACCAUUGUCUUAAUUACCGAAGCUAUAUAGUAAGUCUUGGAAUCAGGUAGUGUUAGUUCUCCAGCUUUGUUCUUUUUAAAAUUUGUUUUGGCAAUUCUAGGUCCUUUGCGUUUCAGUGUAAAUUUCUGAAUCAGCUUAUCAAUUUCUACCCCAGAAACCCUGCUGAAAUUUUUAUUAGGAUUGUGUUUAGUCUUUAAUAUUAAGAUUUUGUAUCUAUGAAUAUGCCUCUCCAUUUAUUUGGGUCUUCUUUAAUUUUCUCAGCAAUGUUUAGUGGUUUCAGUGUACAGAUUGUAUAUAUAUUUUGUCUUUAUUUUUAAAUAGUUUUGAUGGUGUCAUAAACGGUAUUUUUUUCCAUUUUAA